AUGGCGGACGUCGAGAAAGCCGCCAUGCACCACGCCGAAGACGACGAGCAGCCGCUGCUAGCUUUCCACCACGCCACGACCCUCCACACACCAACAACUCCUCUCCCGGUCCUUGUCCCCGCCGCUCAAAACCAGCGCCCACGUCCGUUCCCGACGCACAUGAAGGCCUACUACGUGUACCAGCUCAGCUUCGCGAGCCUGCUGACGGUCAAGCUGUGCGGGCCGGGUGGCAAGGAUGACGUGCUGUACACGGUGGAAAUGGUGUCGGGGUGCCGCAGCCGCGCACCCCUGGGCGCGCGGCCGGGGCUGCUGCUGCGCGACGGCCACGGCCACAGCCGGCGCUGCCACCACAAUGCAUCGGCAUCCAAAUCACCAAACGGCAACAACAACUUGCACAACACACCCUGUCGCCACCAGGGCGGUGCCGGUCCUGUGCUUGCGGCCGCCGGCGACGAUGCCGCCGUCGCGUGCACCUUCAACCUCAGCAGCCUGGUGCUGAUGCCGGCGCACGCGAUGCUGCCCUCGCCACCGUGCUGUCCGAGUGGGAGGAGCGCCGCCCUCGUCGUUGACCUGGAAGCGCUGCCCGGAAUGCUGGGCGCGGGCGCGGGGCCCGUGACGGAGCUGAUGCGCGCGUCGACGACGGCGGGCGGCGGGGUCGUGUUCCGCUUCGCCGUCGAGGUCGGGACUCCUGCAUAUCCUCGCUCUGGAGAGAAGACCGCAAUGCCGCUCCGCCGCGAGCAGUUUGCGUGGUGCAAGGUUUUCUGCGCCGACAGCUGGCGCGGCAGGAGCGGCAGCGGGUGCGAGGCCACCAAGGUCGCCGGCGGGUUCAAGCUGGUGCGGCUCGCCGAAGGUGCCGUCGACGAGCAUGACGGCGAGACGGUCGCGGUGCUGGGCUGGAGCGGCGCCCUAUCGCUCCGCGAGGCCUUCUCACUCGAGCUGCGGGGCUCGGGCGCGUCGGGCGCUCUCGGCGACCGCUGGGCCCUCAUGGCCGUCACGACUGCGCUGCGCCUGUGGGUGCUGCGUGUCAGCGGCCGCACGAGCAGGACGGCUAUUGCCAUUGGCGAGAAGAUUGAGCGGCGGAAGCUGUUUCGUUGA